AUGCACACUCCCGGUGGUAAUUCUUUUGGUGGCAAUCCAUUUGGUGCCCCAGUGACAUAUUCAAACUUCUUGUACCCUGGAAACGGAUUUGGCUCGGAAAAAGCUUCUGCAGUAAUGACACAUACGGUUAAAGUGGGAUUUGAAGAUAUAUUGCAACAUACACAGACAAUGGGUGGAAGCUUUGAGGAAGUAGAUUUGAGGUUCCCUCUUGGAAAGCAUAGGAGUAGUAAUAAUGCGUCUAUUAGAAUACCAUCCCGGAGUCCUAGUGAGAUAUUUUUACAGGCUCUCAAAGAUUUUGUUUCUGAGAGGCAUGGUGUACUAGAGGAAGGUUGGCAUGUAGAAUUUAAAGAGUCAGUAGGCAAUUGUGAACCAUAUUUAGUGUACCGUGCUCCAAAUGGGAAGACAUUUGAUUCAGUAUAUGAAGUUGCGUAUUAUCUUGGCUUGAUGCCUAACUGCAAUUCUGUGGGAUCUGAAAUAAGAAGGGAGGGGUCUCUGUCUAAUACAGAAAAGACCUAUCUACCUAGAAAAAGAAAGUCAAGACUUUUAUACACCAAUGGAUUGGCUGAAAAUAAGGAGCUAUCUUCCAAUGGUCUAAGUAUGGAAGCUUCUGCCUGUGGUUUGGGGAAUAAUGUAAAACUGACAGAAGUUGGUGCAGAAGAAAAUGGUUGCAUUGGCUCUCAGCAAAACAAUGAGGGACUUCCGGUGCAGUUUGAAGAUUUCUUUGUUCUUUCUUUGGGUGAAGUUGAUACAAGGCCUUCUUAUCAUGAUUCUAACCUGAUCUCCCCUGUAGGCUAUAGAUCGUGUUGGCAUGAUAAGAUUACUGGUUCAUUAUUCGUGUGUGAAGUUUUGGACGGUGGUGAUUCUGGACCUCUUUUUCGGAUCAGAAGGUGUUCAUGCUCUGCAUUGCCAAUUCCUAAUGGUUCAACUAUCCUCUCUAGGCCACAACUUGGUAACUUUUGUAGUCACAUUGAUCAGGAAAGUCGUGACCCUACUUGUGAUAAUGAUGGAAGCAUACAUAUGAUUCUAUCAGAUCCUUCUCCGCUUAUGGAAAAUGAUAUUUUGUCUUGCCUGAGGAGUUGGUCGGAGGAAGCCAGUGAUGUCCAGACAUCAGCUGAAUUGCAGUUUGAAGAUAAUUCUGGUUGUGGAAAACCUGGAACUCUUUCAUCUGCUGAUUUGGGUACAAGGGAUGACAUUGGUGAGAUUUCAAUAGAAGACCAUUCUUCGUCUGCAGCUUGGGGAAUGAUUUCACAAAAAAUUGUUAAUGCUUGUUCUGAAAUAUUUAAACAGAAAGGCAUUUUUAAAUUUGUCUGUAAGCAUGUUGAAAAUGCCCAGGCCUUCCAAAAUGGGGUUAUAAGAAACGAGGAUGACAAAGUGAACCAUACUCCAUUGGACAAGUUUUGUAGCUCACCAGUUUCUGUUAGCAUCCCGUCUGUAAUUCAGGCGGACGACGAACCUGGCUCGUUUUACGACAUAUUAGCGAAAUGGCUGGACCAGGAUAGAUUUGGAUUAGAUGUCGAUUUUGUGCAAGAACUUUUGGAGCAGCUUCCUGGUGCCCAAUCCUGUUCUCAAUAUCAAUAUCUUAGCGAUAGAGGUUUUAAUUCUACUCAGCUAACUGUGGGAAAUGGGCUUCUAGUGGUUGAAAUGAGAGCUGGAUUGCAUGGUAAAGAAGAAGAAGUGUUAGACAAUUUGUUUAGGAGGUCCAAAAAAGCGAAGUUGGUCAAGGAUCAUCCACCUCCUCUUGGGAAGCCAUUGUGCUUGAGGUUUCCUCCUGCCCUUGUUGGUGACGUUUAUCAGGUUUGGGAACUAUUGUCACACUUUGAUGAAAUUUUGGGUCUAAAGGAGGCGUUCUCUUUGGAAGAACUUGAGGAGGAACUAGUUAACCCUUGGUUCGGUAGCUCAGAUCGUACAGAGAAGUUUGAGAGGCAAAUCCAAGGCUCUCAAGCUUUAAAUUCACAUAGAAUUGAUUAUACUAGUGGACAAUUAUCUUCUAGCUCCGAGUCUGGCUUGGCCUUAGCUGGGAAUAAUCCACAUGCGUUCAUACACAUGGAAACUGGAGCGAUGAAGGAGGCAGCUCAAGCUAAGCUUGCAUCUGUUACUUACAGCAGAUGUUCUGGCAUAGCUUUGACAAAAGCUCAUGCAUCACUGCUAAGAGUGCUCAUAGGUGAGUUGCAGUCCAAGGUUGCUGCCCUGGUGGAUCCAAAUUUUGAUUCUGGAGAUGUGAAGUCAAAGCGGGGAAGGAAGAAAGAUGUUGAUAGUUCAAUUCCAGUGAAAAGAACGAAGCUUAAUAUACUCCCGAUUAAUGAACUGACUUGGCCAGAGUUAGCACGGAGAUACGUCUUGGCUGUUUUAGCCAUGGAUGGUAACCUUGAAUCUGCUGAGAUUACCGCUCGCGAAAGCAGUAAAGUGUUUCGCUGCUUACAAGGUGAUGGUGGGGUGCUCUGUGGCUCUUUAACUGGAGUAGCUGGGAUGGAAGCGGAUGCACUUGAUGUUGGCUUUACCCGUCUCUUCUCGGUUCCAGUGAGGGUUGAUUCAGUUCAUCUGUUCAGUUGCUGUUACUGCAAAGAGGAGGUGUCUGAUGGUGGAGCAGGUGCUAAUGAGAAGAAUUUGGGGAAUGGUAGUAAUACACCAGUAUGGGCACAGGUGCUGGAACCUGUUAGAAAGCUACCAACUAAUGUGGGAACAAGAAUCAGAAAAUGUGUUUAUGAGGCUUUGGAUAAGGAUCCACCUGAAUGGGCAAGGAAAAUACUGGAACAUUCAAUCAGUAAGGAAGUUUAUAAGGGCAAUGCAUCAGGACCUACAAAGAAAGCUGUUCUUUCAGUGCUAGCAGAUGUAUCGGGUGAAGGCUUGCUACAAAAGGCUGAGAAGGGAAGAAAGCGGAAGAUUAAUAUAUCUAUUUCUGAUGUUAUUAUGAAACAAUGUCGCAUUGUAUUGCGUCGUGCUGCUGCUGCAGAUGACACAAAGGUUUUCUGCAAUUUGCUGGGAAGAAAGCUGAUAAAUUCAAGUGAUAACGAUGAUGAGGGGCUUCUUGGAUCACCGGCCAUGGUAUCUCGGCCUUUGGACUUCAGGACUAUUGAUUUGAGAUUGGCAGCUGGAUCCUAUGGGGGAUCACAUGAAGCUUUUCUUGAGGAUGUCCGUGAGCUAUGGAGUAAUCUACGAAUUGCUUAUGGGGAUCAGCCUGAUUUGGUUGAGUUGGCUGAGACGUUAGCCCAAACUUUUGAAACAUUAUAUGAGAAGGAGGUUAUUACGCUUGUUCAUAAGCUUGCAGAGACUGCGAAGUUGGAAUGCUUAAGUGCUGAAAGGAAAAAGGAAAUCGAUGAUUUACUUGCUUCCACAAGUGGGAUUCCCAAAGCCCCUUGGGAUGAUGGAGUGUGCAAAGUAUGUGGCAUUGAUAAAGAUGACGACAGCGUACUGUUGUGUGAUACUUGUGAUGCUGAGUAUCAUACUUACUGUUUAAAUCCUCCUCUUGCAAGGAUCCCAGAAGGAAACUGGUAUUGUCCCUCGUGUGUUGUUUCUAAACAAAUGGUUCAAGAUGCAUCAGAACAUCAUCAGGUCAUUAGAAAACGCCGUCGUAAAAAUUACCAGGGAGAAGUUACCCGCACUUACUUGGAGGCACUUGCACUUCUAGCCGCGAAAAUGGAAGAAAAUGAGUAUUGGGAAUUCAAUGUGGAUGAGAUACACAACUCUUCUUUUCUUGGACCCCCUCCCCCUUCCCUCUCUUCCAACCCAACUAGAACAUUCCUGCUUAAGUUCUUAUGUGAUGAGUUGCUUAAUUCAGCUGUUAUUCGUCAACACCUUGAGCAUUGUUCUGAGACAUUGGCAGAGUUGCAGCAGAAAUUGCGGUCUUUAUCUGCAGAAUGGAAGAAUCUCAAGUCAAAAGAAGAGAUCUUGAUUGCAAAAGCUGCCAAGGUUGAUCCAAGUCUCGAAGAAGACGGUGUAAAGGAAGGGCUUUCUACUUCGGUUGAAAACCAUGAAAAAAUUGUUCUUCAGGCACAUGCUUUGAGUGGCAGGUCUAACUCCUUUAAUGUAGUCUCCGAUGAUCUACCAGCACUAGAGGGUGCUCGAGGGUUAGAUAAACACCCAUCUGCCAGUAAUGCAGAAUAUAGUAGCCAACAUUCUGUAGAUACUGAAGCUAGGGCAAAAGAUGUCCAUGCUGCUGUGCAUGACACCAGUACACCAGGGAAUGUUUCUUCAAAUGCGGCUUCUGAGAAAAGUGACAUAUCCUCGAGACUAAUUGAGUUCCCUUCAUCAAAUUCUUUGCCACAUGAAAUCAAUGGCUCUAUUGGAAAAAUAGGUUGCCUUGGUCAUCCACAAGACAAUAUGGAAAUGGAUGUAUCUCUGCCUUUAGAUCAGCAAGGAGUUUGUAUCCCUUCAGAUGUGAGGAGUAAUCAUGUGGGUCAGCACACGUCACCUGCUUCUGUGAAUGAAUCACAAUCCUACCACCUUGAGUUGAAUUCUGUCAAAAGUGACUUAUCACUUUUACAGGAUUCAAUUACCAGUGUAGACUUUGAGCUUUCAAAGCUGUCCGUACGAAGGGAGUUUCUGGGAAUUGAUUCUCUGGGUGGCUUAUACUGGGCUUCAGGACAUUCUCGGAUUGUUGUAGAUCGAACCGUGUCAGUGCAGGAUGGGAUGAAUAUGACAGAUGGCAGAGACCCCGUAUGGAGGGGUUCUGUUAUGCAAAGUUGUGCUUCAACUGGUGUGGAUAGUUCUUUGCCGUUAGAGGGGUCUAAAGCUGGCUGUCCGUAUUUAUUUGAACCAAACAGUGCUGUUGCUUUUAGUGCACCUUGGGUUUCUUAUCAAACUGAUGCAGAAAUUGAUGAACUUAUAGGUUGGUUGAAGGAUAAACACCCCAAGGAAAGAGAGCUGAAAGAGUCGAUAUUGCAGUGGAAAAAGUCAAGGUUCCAAAAGUUUCAGAAAUCUAGAAGCCAAAGUCAGGAUGAGCUCCUAACUGCUAUUUCAGUGGCUAGAAAUGGUGAAAAAACCGAAUCUGAUUGUCUUGUUACUAGGGCAGCCACUUUGCUGGAGAAGAUGUACGGUCCAUGCUCAGAGUUGGAAAACACUGACAUCUCAAAAAAGCGGGGUAAGAGGGCUAGACUAACCAAUGAUGAGAGAAUGUACAGGUGCGAAUGUUUGGAACCCAUUUGGCCCAAUAGACAUCAUUGCCUCUCUUGCCACAGAACCUUCGUCACUGAUGCUGAACUGGAGGGGCAUAAUGAUGGUAGGUGUGUUCCAUUUUCAGCAGCCUGUGAGAAGGGAAAGGAAAUAAGUGAUUCUUCUAAAGUUAAGGGAAGUUUAAAGUGUGAGAUAAAUCGGGAAGAGUGCAGAGGUGAACUAAACAGUGUUGAAACUUCCAAAAGCAUGCAUUCUGAGCUUAGUGCGAAGUUGAUAAAGUUUCAGAAUGGAGGGUUAGUCUGCCCAUAUGACUUUGAAGAGAUCUGUUCCAAGUUUGUGACAAAUGAUUCAAACAAGGAUUUGAUACAGGAAAUAGGUCUUAUAGGUUCACAGGGAGUUCCAUCUUUUGUCCCAUCCUUAUCUCCUUAUCUCAGUGAUUCUACACUGGAGUUAGUCACUCAGAAAGAUGUCGGUGUGCACAGUAAUGGACCAGAGGCUGCUGAACAGCUAGUUUUACAAGGAAAGACUAAUGUUGAUAUUGCAGGCUGUAGCAGUCUAUCUGGGAAAGGUGGUGGGUUGCUAAAUGCCAACAUCCCAACUUUGGGAUGUCUGGAAAAAGGAGAGAAGAGACCCUCAGGUAGUCAUUCUUCUGUUGUGGGUGCUGGUCGCUUCUGUGUGGUCCCCCAGUCUUCUUUGAGGCCCUUAGUUGGCAAAGUUUGUCAGAUCUCUAGGCGACUCAAGAUCAAUCUACUAGAUAUAGAUGCAGCACUCCCUGAAGAAGCUCUUAGACCAUCAAAGUCACACUUGGAAAGGAGAUGGGCCUGGCGUACGUUUGUUAAAGCAGCAGUGACAAUAUAUGAAAUGGUUCAAGCGACAAUUGUGCUGGAGGACAUGAUAAAGACUGAGUACCUAAGGAAUGAGUGGUGGUAUUGGUCAUCAUUCUCAGCUGCUGCUAAAAUUUCUACGUUGUCUGCCCUUGCCCUGCGUAUAUACUCCCUUGAUGCUGCUAUCAUGUAUGAGAAGAUGUUUCCUAGUUCAGAUCCAGCGGACAAGUUGGAGCCCAGCAGCGUUCUUGACCUGAAGCUGCUUCCUAUUUUGGAUUCAACAGAAAGAACUAAGUUAAGUAGGAAAUCUAACAAGAAAAGGAAGGAACCAGAGGGUUGA